AGCUCACAUAUCUUAAAGAAAAAUUGUUUUAUUCAUUGUAUUGUGAUUGUAUUAAGUGAAAAUUUAUCCAUUGACUGAGUGAGUGAAAAAAGAAAUGGCGAAGAGCAAUGAGAAAUUGUAUCCUAAUUGUGACAGUAGCGUGUGGUUGAGGUCGUGUGACAUUGAGGUGACGCAGCCUUUACACGGCAGGAUCACAGGACAGAUGCCAACUUGGUUGCGAGGCAGUUUACUGCGAAACGGCCCCGGUUCAUUGAAAGUGGGUUCGAUGCGUUUUGAACACUUGUUUGACAGUUCAGCACUUGUACAUAGAUUUUCAAUCCUGGACGGAGCAGCGACGUAUCAAUGUCGGUUUGUGCGCACCAACACAUUGAAGAGAAACCGCGCGGCAAAUCGAAUUGUGGUCACUGAAUUUGGCACGAAAGCGGUGCCCGACCCUUGCCACACUAUUUUUGACAGAGUUGCCUCUAUAUUCAAGCCUUCAGAAUUGUCGGACAACACAAUGAUAUCUUUAUAUCCUUUCGGUGAUGAAAUAUACUCUUUUACUGAAGGCCCAUUUAUACACAGAAUAGACCCAAAGACAUUGGACACAUUGGAGAGGAAAGACAUGAUGAAGUGCGUUGCUGUCGUGAAUCAUACGUCACAUCCCCACGUCAUGCCAAAUGGUGACGUCAUCAACGUUGGUAUGUCAAUUGUCAAAGGCAGAUUACGUCACGUUAUUGUCAAAUUUCCUUAUACAGAAAAAGGUGAUAUGUUCGAGCGAGCUCACAUUAUUGGCAGUAUGAAACCUCGAUGGACGAUGCAUCCUUCAUACAUGCACACUUUUGGUGUAACGGAGAACUAUUUCGUGAUAAUUGAACAACCUUUGACAGUCUCUAUUUGUGGAGUGAUACGCAAUCAGCUGGCCAAUAAACCUAUGAUAUCUUGUCUACAAUGGUUUCCUGAACACGAGACGAACAUAGUUUUGAUAAACAAGAAAACUGGCAAAGAAGUAAAACGAUUCCGAACCGAAACUAUGUUUUUCCUACACAUUAUCAACGCAUUCGAGCAGGACGGAAGAUUGAUCGUAGAUUUAUGUUCUUAUAAAGAUGCGAAGGCGUUGGACGCAAUGUAUGUGAAAGCGAUUGAGACGAUGCAAAGUAACGCAGAGUAUGCGGAAUGGUUCCGUGGCCGGCCGAAGCGACUGGAGGUGUCGCUAGCUGCUCCGGCGAUGAGUCACGUGACGCCGCGGCAGCUCGCCGACCUGGGCUGUGAGACUCCCAGGAUACAUUACGAUUUGUAUAACGGACGGCCGUAUAGAUAUUUCUACGCCAUUAGUUCAGACGUCGACGCUGAAAAUCCCGGAGCGAUAAUCAAAGUUGACACGACGACUGGUGAGACGUGGUCGUGGUGUGAAACUGAUUGUUACCCAAGUGAACCCGUCUUCAUACCUGCACCUGAUUCUCGGCAAGAAGAUGGUGGCGUACUGCUGAGUGCGUUGCUGUGGGGAUCAAGAGAGUGUUCCUUGGGUCUUCUGGUCCUCGACGCUCGUACAAUGAAAGAAAUCGCACGUGUCGAUUUUGAAACACCCUCUCCAGCACCCAAAUGUCUACACGGAUGGUUUCUACCAGAAAAAGCAUGAGGGCAAAAGCAAACAAAAGAAAAAUUCUAGCAGCUUUUUUUCU